AAAAUGUGACGUUGCGAGCGCGUGAGGUUGAGAAAAUGGGGGAAACGAGAAGAAGCGACAGGGAAAAGAUUUCCAAAACAUCAGAAGUACUCUAGGUGCUGCGCAAAAAUAGAACUGGAGCUAUUUUUAUUCACCCGUUUACACAAAUACGGAUUGUUUAUAAGUGGAGAGGCGCACGCGCGUAAAGUUCUUCAUUCUGAAGAGUAGAUCUCUUGAGGUAAUUACUUAGUUGGUUUUUAUUUGGUUUGGGUUGUAUUGGUUUGGUUUGGUGAAUGACGGGGGGAUGGUACUACAGGAGAGGGAGGGUCUUGGUGCUAUUUGAUCGGUGAGCUUUUGAAGAUCACAAAGCUUUAUCCCGAGGACGAGCUGGACGAGCCCUUCGGGCUCUGGGAAUUGUUUUGCGUGCUUCGGAUAAAACAAACACAUGGGGAUCUUCUGGUUUUAUGGACCGAGCUGCACACAUGCUGUCUAUCUACACUGGAUUUAAUACCGUGAAUCACUUUGGAAUAUAACCGGGGAGUGUUUUGUAGUCUACAUGCCCGUUUGGAGAACAUUCAGGUAACAUUUACAUAAGUGCAGUACAGGAGGUGUUUGCCCUCUGUGCCAGCGAUGGGGUGGCGAGAACUGACGAUUGACCUGCUGAUACUCCUGCUGGUGGCGUCCCGUCUGGAUGCUGUGAGCUUUCCUGAGGACAACAUCCCUUUAGACGUUGUGGACAGACACUAUGCACGGCAGUACCCGGUGUUUCGUGGACGUCCCUCUGGUAACGAAUCUCAGCACAGACUGGACUUUCAGCUGAUGACCCAGAUACAUGAUACGCUGUUCAUCGCGGGCAGGGAUCAGGUAUAUUUGGUGAGUCUGAGGGAGUCCUACAGGAACGAGAUCAUUCCAUACAGGAAGCUGACGUGGCGGUCGGGGCAGGCUGACAGAGAGACGUGCGCCAUGAAGGGAAAACACAGAGACGAGUGCCAUAAUUUCAUUAAAGUCCUGGUUCCGAGAAAUGAUGAUCUCGUGUUCAUCUGCGGAACAAAUGGUUUCAAUCCCAUGUGCCGUUACUACAGGUUGGAUAACCUGGAAUUUGAUGGGGAAGAGAUCAGCGGUUUGGCCCGAUGCCCGUUUGACGCUAAGCAGACAAACGUUGCCCUGUUUGCCGAUGGUAAGCUGUACUCUGCUACGGUGGCAGACUUCCUGGCUAGCGAUGCUGUGAUUUAUCGCAGUAUGGGAGAUGGUUCUGCCCUUCGCACUAUCAAGUAUGACUCCAAGUGGUUGAAAGAGCCACAUUUUCUUCACGCUGUGGACUACGGGGAUUUUGUCUACUUCUUCUUUAGAGAAAUUGCAGCAGAGCACAACAACUUGGGAAAGGCGGUUUACUCCAGAGUGGCUCGGAUCUGUAAAAAUGACAUGGGAGGGUCUCAGCGGGUGCUGGAAAAACACUGGACAUCUUUUGUUAAGGCUCGGCUGAACUGUUCCGUUCCUGGAGAAUCGUUUUUCUACUUUGACGUCCUUCAGGCCAUUACCGAUAUCAUCGACAUUAAUGGGGUGCCUUCUGUGGUUGGAGUUUUCACCACUCAGUUAAACAGUAUUCCUGGAUCUGCAGUGUGUGCCUUCUCCAUGGUGGACAUUGAGAAAGCCUUCCGCGGCCGUUUCAAAGAGCAGAAGACGCCAGAUUCAGUGUGGACGCCAUUUCCAGAGGAGAAACUGCCCAAGCCCAGACCUGGCUGCUGUGCAGGACACGGUUCAGCAGAGUCCUACAAAACCUCCAUCGAGUUUCCAGACGAGACCCUUCAAUUCAUCAAGUCACACCCACUCAUGGACGCCUCGGUCCCCUCCAUUGGAGACGAACCGUGGUUCACCAAAACAAGAGUCAGGUACAGACUAACAGCACUUGCAGUUGACAACACGGCAGGACCCCAUAAGAAUUACACAGUGGUUUUCAUCGGCUCAGAAGCAGGCAUCGUGCUAAAAGUUCUAGCCAAGACAUCCCCGCUGUCUUUGAAUGACAGCGUCCUGCUGGAGGAAAUUGACGUUUUCAACCAGGCCAAGUGUUUAUCCAGCAAUGAGGACGAUCGGCGAAUUUUGUCUUUCCACCUAGAUAAAGACAGUCACACACUUUAUGUGGCCUUUUCCAGCUGUGUGGUAAGAAUACCACUCAGCCGCUGCGAACGACACAGUUCCUGUCAAAAGUCUUGUAUUGCUUCAAGAGACCCAUACUGCGGAUGGAUGUCACAUGGAGCUUGUGAACGUAUUCCUGCAACUAUGCAAAGUGGUUAUGAGCAAGAUGUUGAAUAUGGCAACACUGCUCACCUCGGGGAUUGUCACGAAUUUUUGGCCACUACAUCAGCGCCAGAUUUCAAAUCAUAUGGCGACCCAACCUCUGACAUGGAGUUGCCAUCUUCAUCAGUCACAGUGCCCGCGACUUCUGAACCCAUACAAUCACCCCAAACCAACCCCACUCAGACACCACAACUCUUUGAACCCCAUGGUGACCCAGCCACUUCACAUUCUGUUGAGCAUAUACCAGGUGUGCUGGAGGGUGUUUGGGAAAUACAAGCAGGUGAAUCAAACCAGAUGGUGCACAUGAACAUCCUGAUCUCCUGUGUGUUAGCUGCGUUUCUGCUUGGUGCAUUCAUCGCAGGCAUGGUUGUUUACUGCUAUAGAGAUGCGUUUCUUCGCACUCCACGAAAGAUCCAAAAAGAUGCAGAGUCGGCACAAUCCUGCACUGAUUCCACUGGCAGCUUUGCCAAGCUUAACGGUCUGUUUGACAGUCCUGUCAAAGAGUACCAGCCUAAUUUGGAUACUCCCAAACUCUACACCAACCUGUUGAGCAAUGGAAGGGAGGUGCCAACCACUGGAGAAACUAAGACUAUGCUCCUGAGUGGGCAGCCACCGGAAUUAGCAGCACUGCCUACGCCUGAAUCCACACCUGUGCUGCAACAGAAGAGCCUCCAGCCCAUUAAGAACCAGUGGGAGAGAGCUCAUGGAAAGAUGAGUGGCUCCCGCAAAGAUGCACCACCCAAAAGCCCACAGUACCUUCCCUCUAGUCCACCUCCCCAUUCUGCAAUCAAUCCACACAUACCUAGUGCUGUGGUACUGCCUAAUGCCACGCAUGAAAACAAAGCAGGCUUCAGCACACCAGAGGGGCCUCAAGCAGAAAAGAAGGUCCAGAAUAGUGAUCAGCAUGGUUCCAAAUCCGGACGUAAAGACCAGAGGCGAACAGUGGAUGCCAGGAAUACGUUAAACGACCUCUUGAAACAUCUAAAUGAUAGCAACCCCAAGGCCAUCAUGGUAGAGAUGCCCAAAUCUCGACAGCACCUAAUGCUGGAACCUAUUGUAAGUCCAACAGAGAUUCCACCUAAAGUCCCAAGUCGAGAGGCCUCCUUGUAUUCUCCGUCUUCCUCGUUACCAAGGAACAGCCCGACCAAGAGAGUGGAUGUGCCGACAACGCCAACGUCGCCCACAGGGCAUAUGGGAACUCUUGAGAGACAGCGGUAUCACCGAGGCUCUUCCCAGCGACACUCCAUAUCCUCGCCGCCCAAAGGGCUGCACUCACCUAGCGGGGCCAUAGUGUCCCGGCAACCUAGCAUGAACAGAGGUGGGUACAUACCCCCCACUCCUACCCCACCCACUAGACUAGACUCUCAUGGGGUACCAAUGGCAAUGACGCCUUCCGUAUCCCGACAGAGCAGCUACAGUGGGCAUGGAUCUUUACCACGAACAUCCAUUAAAAGGACAGCAUCGCUAAAGCCCGAUGUGCCACCCAAACCCAACGGCUUUGCACCACAGACUGCACAAAUGAGGCCAGUGAACAAGUAUAGCUACUGAAAUGCUCAGCAGGAUAUUACUCGAUGAAUGGACAGUAGGAGUAAAAGCAUUUGCCCUGCAGAGAUAUGGCGUGCAAGUGUCCUUUUCAUUUGAAGGGAAAUGAAUCGGAACGCCAGAGCUUCUGUUUCGGGUAGUUUUGCUAGUUCUCAAUGACGUUGUCACGUCAUGCUUGAAUGACAGAGGAUGGAUUCUGAUCUUGAAGGCGGCAGGGACGCCUGAGGUCAUAGGACACAGCUGACACGCAGCAUAAAGCAGCUGUGUAGUUGCUGUGUCGAUUGGGCAGCAAUUGCUCCCCCUGCACUGUUCUCCCCAUCAAUGUGAACUGUAUUUGUUAGACUGUUUGGAAAAUCGGAUAGUCUUGCUUGGAUAUCUCUCAAGAAGACAGAGCAAAAGGGACGUGUCGCGAGUCUGUGUUUGAUUAGUCUCCGGGGCUAACCAGUGUGCAUUCAUUGUCCAUGUUCUUUUUUCAGUAAACCGAGAAUGAGCUUGAG